UUUGACCCCCAGGCUGGACAGCUUUACCGGGGCCGAAAACACAACCGGCAAAUCAAAGUGGCACUGAAUCGGAGAGUGGCCAGCAAGGCAGACAAAGAAGACCAGGAACGUUGCCUGCUUGAAGGUGUGGACUGCCUUUUGAAGUGUGCCCCUAGGACAGUGCGUGGCGGCGGUAGCAAUUCUUUAAAAGGGGUGAUAACGCACUUCAAAGAUCAUGAACUCUGCCUUUUACAUUCAGAUAAGGAGGGUGGGUUCGUAACCUUGCCCAGAGGCACUUUCAACAAAAAAGCUGCAAAAGCAAUAGAAAAGAACUUUGCUCCGGUUAAUGCUAAGGCGUCUAAUACAAGAAGCAGGUUUGUCGAUCUGUGUAAGAGUUUAGAUCUGACUAAGUUAGCGAAGGACGUGUCGAAAUGUAAAAUCGAUGCGUUAAGCGUGUUCUUUUCCGCCAAAACACAUAAGCCGAGUGUGCCGUUUCGGGCUAUCGUGAGUGAAAAGGGCAGGUGGCAGCUACUUGCAAGUCAGUUUCUAUUGAAACAUUUGAAAUGCUUGCAGGUUACAGACCCUUUCCUCACAAAGAGAUCAGAUGAGGUGGCUGAUUUCUUUCAGGAUAACCAGAGCAUAGGGUACGCCUUUUCAGUUGACAUUGAAGAUUUGUUUUAUUCAGUCCCGCACUGUGAAUUGUUUAGUGCAGUAAGGGAGUGUAUUGACGUAAAUGGAGUUGUUUCUUUCCAGAACACGGCAGGAGUCUCAGUUGAAGAUUUUUUAAACUUACUAGAAGCGUACCUUAACAGCACUUUUAUUUCAUUGACAAUCAACUUUAUUUACAGAAGAAAGGCAUAUGCAUUGGUUCGUGCGUAGCCCCUAUACUAUGCAACAUUUUUUUUAGCAAAAAUUGAUCGGACGCUUGAGCAGGCUCUUAAUGAUUUUAAUGUUUGUAGAGUGUUUAGAUACGUGGAUGAUUUUUUAAUUGUUUUUAGAAAGCAGACUUCUCUGACGUACACUGAUGGUGUGAAUGAGGUUUUACGGAC